AUGUCGAAAGAAUUAUUUAAAUAUCUUCUCGAUACAAAUGAUACUAUUAAUUUAGAAUCUAAAUUAAUAUAUUUUCAACAUAAUUUACCUGAACUACUUGCUCCCGUUUGUUCUCAUUUAUGUAUACGACAUCGUCUACUUCGUCUUAAUUACAAUAUUCAAUCACCUCAUCAAUCACAACUAGCUUUAUGUAAAAAACAUUUACAUAGACAUUCAUAA